CAUUAAUGGUUGAUGGAUCUCCAAAUUCCGGAAGACCAAUACCCAACACCUUUCUUGGAGCAUUCUUUGAGGAGAUUAAUCAUGCCGGUGCUGGGGGAUUGUGGGCAGAACUUGUGAGCAAUAGAGGUUUUGAAGCAGGAAGAGGGAGUGGUAGUCCUUCAAGUAUUUAUCCAUGGAGAGUAAUUGGAAAUGAAUCAUUGAUUUCAGUUUCAACGGAUCUGACGUCAUGCUUUGAACGUAACAAAAUGGCUCUACGCAUGGAAGUGCUUUGUAAUGGACCAAAAUCUUGUCCUCCUGCUGGUGUUGGUGUCUCUAACCCUGGUUAUUGGGGCAUGAAUAUUGAGAAGGGAAAAAAAUAUAAACUUGUGAUGUAUGUUAAAGUUAAAGCUAGUGGACCAGUUGAUUUACAAGUUUCAUUGACGGGAUCUAUUGCUUAUAUUAUAUACGUUCUUGGCAGCGUCAUGACAGAUAAUAAUAUUUUAAAGUGGAUAAAAUUGGAGGGAAUAUUAGAAUCAAAGGCAACAAAUCAUAAUUCAAACCUUCAAAUAACAACUACUACGAGAGCCAUAUUAUGGUUAGAUCAAGUAUCACUUAUGCCUUUGGACACAUAUAAGGGUCAUGGUUUCCGAAUGGAUCUUUUUAAAAUGGUGGCAGAUUUGAAACCAAAAUUUUUGAGAUUUCCAGGUGGUUGCUUUGUUGAAGGAUACUAUCUGAAGAAUGGAUUUCAGUGGAAAAAUACAAUUGGAGCAUGGGAGCAGAGACCCGGUCACUAUGGUGAUGUUUGGAAAUAUUGGACUGAUGAUGGAUUUGGCUUUUUUGAGAUGCUUCAAUUAGCAGAGGACCUUGGUGCAUUGCCAAUAUGGGUGUUUAAUAAUGGUACCGUUGGUGGAGAAGAAGUUAACAUGUCUGCCCUUUCACCUUUUAUUCAAGAUGCCCUUGAUGGCAUUGAAUUUGCUAAAGGUUCUCCCUCUUCAAAGUGGGGAUCUGUUAGAGCUUCAAUGGGACAUCCUGAACCAUUCGAUUUCAGAUUUGUUGCUGUUGGAAAUGAAAAUUGUUUUCCUCAUCACGAAGUGCACUAUCAAGGCAACCAUUCUUUAAUUUAUUUUUACUUUAAGUUCUAUGAUGCUAUAAAACGUGCUUAUCCAGAGAUUCGGAUUAUCUCAAAUUGUGAUGGUUCUAAAACGCCAUUAAAUCACCCUGCUGAUCUCUUUGAUUUCCAUAUAUAUCCAAAUAAUUCUAUGGAGAUGUUUUCCAAAUACUCCGUAUUCGACAAGACAUCAAGAUCGGGUCCAAAGGUGUUUGUUAGUGAAUAUGCUGUUGUGAAGGAUGAUGCAAAAAAUGGAACCCUUUUGGCUGCAUUGGCUGAAGCUGCAUUCCUCAUUGGAUUAGAAAGGAACAGUGAUAUUGUUCACAUGGUUUGCUAUGCACCGCUGUUCAUAAAUAAAAAUGGAAGGUAUAGUUGGAUUCCGGAUGCAAUAGCAUUCAACUCCCAUGAAAGCUAUGGAACUCCAAGCUACUGGGUCCAACAACUUUUUAGUGAGUCAAGUGGAGCUAUAUAUCUCAAUUCAACUCUCCAAACUUCAUCUAAUUCAAUUGUUGCAUCUGCAAUUGGCUAUCGAAGUUCCCAAGAUUCCAAAACCUACUUAAGAGUGAAGGUGGUGAAUUUUGGAAGUGAAAUUGAGAAGCUUCGGAUAACUAUUAAUGGAUUGAGCUCCAAUGUGCAACAAUCUAGAUCAACAAAGACAGUGCUCACGUCAUCGAACAAAAUGGAUGAAAAUUCUUUUUCACAGCCAAACAAGGUUGUGCCACGAAAAAGUGCACUUGAGAAUGCUAGCAACAACAUGGUUGUCUCAAUUUCUCCGUAUUCGGUUACAUCAUUUGAUUUAUUAGUCGUAUAAGACAACCAAGCCAUGCUUUAAUUCCAACAUGAAUGGAACAUGAAUGGAAUUAGGCGAAGCAAAGACGGAUAAAUAGUCUUUAAAUAAAGAUAUUUGAUCUUGUCUAUUAAAUAGAUUAUUAUGUAUUAAAUU